AUGACGCGCUCACUUGCUGGCACUGGCAUGAGUUCAAGCAGUCCUCAGUCUUUGGGGGAUUUCUCUCAUCAUGAUACUCCGUCUACCAACUUGACCGCGUUCUCUCCAGAUGUAGUAAAAGAUGUGGACAAAGUCAUUGCAAGCCGCUUCAAGGUCAGUAUCACCUCUACCAAUGAGGAUGCGGUUGGCAGCGAGGAUGGCAAAUUAUCUGAGCAUGAUCCUUUCACGGUUCCUACCCCUACUCCAGCACGAUCUGCGUUAUCUCCAACCGCCACAAGUUUCACUCCCGGCGAAGUCAAGGACACAAAGGUCACUCGUGAGCCUGUCUUGACUGCCAGUGGCCGCAUCUCCACUGCUUGCAUUGUGAAAGUUCCUGGCGAAGCGAAAGCCGCUCAUGGUCGUGUAAGCUCCCUCCACGACAAUACCAUCCCCGACCUUGUGACAACCCAGGUCACUUAUUUUGAUCAGGCCCGUACUUCCCAUGGUGCUAUCGGAGAACCGUCUCCUCCUCAAGCUCUUGUAGACGCUCUUCGUCAACUGUCACUCGGUGGUGCUGCCAUCGUCGAUCAAGAUGGUCACUACCGUUUCUCCAGCAUCAUGGAAGGUUCGUUCACCUCCGAGGAGAUAUCCCAGCGCGCUUUCAAGGUCUCUGUCUUCUUCGGCAAGGAGUCUCUUGGUCAUCUUCAGAUGCUCUUCAAUACCACUACCUACCCAUCCUUUUGUGGUGUCAUCAGUCGUAGCGAAACCGCCGUAGAGACUCUCCUUGUCUCGUUCUCCGACAUUCGUGAUGCAGUCAAAGCUUUCGAGGACGUUCGCAAGGGUCACUGGGCCGUCACUUACGUAAACCCUAAGGCCCUUGGAUUCGAGAUCACUGGAGACUUCGGACUGAAUGGGCCUUUCCGCACCAUCAGCAACUAUGAGGGCCAGCUCAAAGCUCAAAUCCUGUUCAAUCCUCAGAACCCCGCUCUGACUUCUCACUAUGUCAUUCCAUUGAUCAAGGACGUACUCAGCAAGUAUGGUGAAAUCAAAGCAAUCCAUUCUGAUCCUUGUGCCAUUCCUCACGUCAAGGCCUACCGCAUCGAGUUUUACGACACUCGCUCUGCCACUGCUGCUCAGGCUGCUCUGAACAACAAGGAUAUCGGCUACGAAAUCAGCAUUAAGCUUGAGCCCAAUCGUGACGACGCUGCUGAUCCGAUGGUCGAGACUGUACCUCGCCGCCAUGUCGAGCAGCCAAGCAUUACCGGCCGCUCUACUGUUCCGAUGAAUGACCCAGUCUACAACUCCCUGCCAGCAAUUCACUACAUGGACUACAAUCGUUCAGCUCAAGGCGGUUUCGGUCAUGCUCCGGCUCCCAAUCACAAUCAGGUCGACAUCAUUCGCAUUCGCCUUGGCCUUGACGUCCGUACUACUAUCAUGUUGCGAAACAUCCCCAACAGGAUCGAUCAGGCAAUGUUGAAGGCCAUCCUUGACGAGACGAGCUUUGGGAAGUACGACUUCAUGUAUCUUCGCAUCGACUUCGCCAACAACUGCAACGUCGGAUAUGCGUUUGUCAAUUUCGAGGAUCCCAUAUCUAUCAUUGAUUUCGCCAACGCUCGUGCUGGCCGUCGCUGGAAUCGCUUCAGCAGUGACAAGGUCGCAGAAAUUUCUUAUGCCAGUAUGGACAUGUCCGUUGUCUGUGACUUACCAUCUCUAACCCCCUUCAUAGCCAUCCAAGGCAAGGACUGUCUCGUUCAGAAAUUUCGAAACUCUUCUGUGAUGCUCGAGCAUCCCACAUUCCGUCCCAAGAUCUACAUCACCGGUACUGGUCCCGACGCUGGUAGCGAAGAGAAAUUCCCAGGACCCGACAACCCAUCAAAGAUGAGACGUUCGGUGGAGAAUGCAGAGACUGUCGGUAUGCGGCGCUACCUAACCCGUGGUCCCAGUCCUGCUCAUCAUACCCGUGAUGUCCCUACCUCCCCAACUGCCCAUCGUGCCCGACAAGUCUGCUUCGUCUACGACCCACCAGCACGUGUCCCCAUCCAUGACCCCGAGACAUCCCAAGGCCCUUUCGAGUUGACACUCACAGCCCUUGGAAAUGCCUGCUGCUACUGUCCCGUCACUUCUUCUUACCUCUAUGGUGUCACGCAUUGCCCAGACUGUGAGGGACGUCGCAGCACACAUCGCAUCAACUUCAAUCGUAUCCCCACCCGCCACUUGCACAAGUUCCAUUGCUUCGAUUGA